AUGGGGGAAGAAUGUCAUACUCCUACACCUAAAUUGAGUGAGGUAUGGCAAGUAUUCACAAAAAAAGUAUAUGAAAACAAAGCAAAAUGUAACAAGUGCAAAAAGAGCUACUCAAAUUCUGGAACAAAUACAACCAAUUUAUGGUCACAUCUAAAAUCAAAACACAUCCAAAAAUUUACAGAGUUAGACAACAUCAGAAGGUGCUUACCUCAACUAAAUAGUAACAAUAAUUCACAAGAAGAUUCAUUUCUUGAGGAUGAUGAAAGUCUUAUUAUUAGUGGCGAUGAAAAUAUAAACAGUCAAACUCCAUCUACUUCUAAUUCAACUUGGAUACAACCAGUCUUAUCUUCCAAAACAACUCAAAAACAUAAAAGUUUAAAUAAUCAAACUUUGAUGUCGGCAUUUACUAUCACUAAAGCUUCACAAUGUAAAAUUGAUGCAGCAUUAGCUUAUUUUAUUGCAGUUGACAUGAUGCCUUACAAUCUUGUGACCAAAGAUGGUUUUAAAAUGUACACAAACGCCUUAAACGCAAGCUACCAUAUACCAAGUCGAAAGACUCUUACUGAUUCCAGAAUACCAAAUUUAUAUAAAGAUACUAAGACUAUCAUUGAGUCGAUUGUGAAUAAAGUUUGUUUUAUGUCAUUCACUAAAGAUUGUUGGACUUCUGGAUCCAACCAACCGUUUUUAGCUUUAACUGGGCAUUAUAUUGAUUCUAAAUAUAAUUUGGGUUCCGCAUGCUUAGGUUGUAUAGAACUGUCAGAAGACCACACUGGAGAAAACUUGGCAGACACUCUACAAUUACUUUUAUUGGAUUAUAAUUUGUCUGUUUCUACCAAAAAUGUUUGUGCUUUCACAACUGAUUGUGGUUCUAAUAUUAUAAGGGCUAUAAAAAACUUAGAAGUACAACAUGUUCCUUGUUUUGGUCAUGCUUUUAAUACUGCAGUUGGAAACAUAUUCAAACUAGAAGAGUUACAAAUUGCUGUAAAUAAAACACAGAAAAUACAAAACAUUUUUGCUCAUAGCUGGCAAGCUGUCAGAGAGAUGAAAAUUGAACAAGAGCGUUUUGGGUUAAAAAAACUUAAACUACCAUCUUAUUCCAAAACUAGAUGGUGGUUCCUUCUAGAUUUAAUUUCAGUGAUUUUAGAUCAAGAGUUAGGAAUAUCUAGUUUUCUCAAGACCUAUAAAAGUGGACAGUUUAAGAAGUUGAUAUUAUCUGAUGACGAGAUUGAUGUUUUAAAAAGUAUAACUAUGGUUUUAAAACCAGUGCGAGAAAUAACUGACCACUUGGCUGGUGAAAAUUAUGUAACUGCAUUAGCGGUAUAUCCUGUUAUAUUUAAUCUUAAAACAAAAUUGUCAGAAGUUGUGAAUACCAAUAAUAUUGCUUUGAAUUCUAAUAAAAAAUGUGUUGAAAUUAAGAAAAAAAUAUUUACUACUAUAAUUGAUGUUCUUGAUAAACGAUACAAUAAUAAUAUUGCGUUAAAGAUAUGUAUGGUUUUAGACCCAAGGUUUAAAACUACAUUUAUUGCCGAAGAAGAAAUACCGCAACUAACAAAAGUUAUAAUAGAAUGUUGUUUAGAAUCUUGGAUGGAAUGGUCCAUGAAAGAAUUACAUAGUAAAGAAGAUGGUAAUUUUAUUAUUUCUGGUGAUAACUGUCAUUCAGUUACAACAAAAAAACAAAAAACUGGACUUUCUGCCAUUUUUGAUGUAUCAUCAAAUCAUGAUGACCUUCAAGAUCAAGAAAUCAGUUUGAGUACCAAAAUAAACAGAGAAAUUUGUUUGUACAUAGAAUUUUCAAAAGUUCCAUAUGAGCAAGAUCCUUUGAAAUGGUGGUCUUUAAAUUGUACAACAUAUCCAUUUCUAAGUGUAUUGGCAAAAAAAUAUCUUACUAUACAAGGUACAAGUGUGGCUUCAGAAAGAGUUUUUAGUAAGGGAGGAUUAGUUAUGACGGACCAUAGAGCGUCAUUAACUAAUGACCAUGUAAGUGAGUUGGUUUAUUUAUCAAUGAACAAUGCUCAUGUUCCAAAACCUGUAUUGUCUAACCUGUAUGUUUAG